AUGGAAAAUUUGUUAGCGCCGGAGUGGGGUUUUGGACAGAACUGGGAAAUUCUUAAGUCUCUGUUGGAACAAGGGGAUUUGUUUGCACGGGCUGGCCGGCUAGAUCAGUCAUUUAAAGCAUAUUCGAAUGCUUUUCGUGUCGGCUUUGUUCCGAAAGAACGUAUCACAUCGUUAGUUGAGGCCCUUUUAGAUUUUCAACGCAGCAAGUUGGUUAGAGAGAAGAAAGAUGGACCAACGACUGGUGAUGAUCAAACGUGCAGUGCAUUCACUUGUUCUUCAUGUGGUUGUGUCUUUAUGAAACCAGUCACCCUCCCUUGUGGACAUACAUUCUGCCAAGUGUGUGUUAUGGAAGAAAAGUCUUUAACUGGGCUUGCCGAGUGUUCAAAAUGUGGUAACGGUAUUCAAGAAGAUUCAGUUCACUCGAUUAAUUUGCUCAUCACGAACGCUAUUCAAAAAUGGCUCCCUCUAGAAUGUAAACGGCAAGGAAUUAAACAAGAAGGACUUAACUUCCUUGUUGGACAGGACAUGCCAGCAGCUAUUGAUUGUUUUAACAGAGCUCUUUCUUUGUCUUCUGAAGACCUUCACUGCCUUAUCUGGCGAUCGGAUGCUUUUCUACGGUCAAAUCAACUAGAGUUAGCUUUACGUGAUAUUGAAAAAGCGUGUAAACUUCACCCCUGUUCAGCGGGAACUUUCUAUAGAAAGUCAGUUAUACUGAGCAGAUUUGCCAGAGUAGAAGGUAUCCUGUCAACAAAACACGAACAGAGUGUUUUAGCCUUACUUCGCUGCUGCUCUCUAGCGCCAAAAUGUGAACGUUUCCGCCGAGAGUUCAUGGAAAGCUUGUACCAACUUUUAAGCCCUAAAUUCACCAAUGUGAAUAGAACGUUGUCAGUUUUAAAGCAAGGUCAAGACCGUGAUGGGUAUUUCAGUGUUGCUCAACGCAGUGCUGCUGUUGACAUGGAUGUCGAUGAUCUUAGCAAUUUUAUGAAAAGUCCUGCUACCGAAGCAAGUGCCAGUAAACGAACAAAAACAAAAGCCAUUGUUGGAGUCUCUCCGAACUACGAAGAAGACUUACAGGCGAGCAAGGAAAAUACGAUCAAGAAGGAGAUUUUACAUUUGAGAGAAACUGAAGAUUUUGAAUGUAAACUCUGCUUCAGUUUGCUUUUCCAACCCAUAACUACAAUUUGUGGGCACACAUUUUGCCGGGAAUGCCUUGAAAGAUGUCUAGACCACCGGCAGGAAUGUCCUUGCUGUCGAACCAUCCUGGAUCAGUACCAUACAGGAAAACGAAAGAUGGAGGUUACCCAAGAUUUAGAGUCGAUUUUAGUGAAGUUCUUCCCUGGUGAAUAUAACGAAAGAAAGAAAACUCAUCAAGAAAAGUUGAACGCUUUUCAAGGGUAAGGUAGCUUUAUUUGACCGUAGAAUGCAAUUAUAUAAUGUAGUUAUGUAAUAGACGUGUUUUUUAUUUUUGUGUAGAGUCAAUGAUAAUUUACAGUAGAAUUCCGGUAACUCGAACUCUGAAGGGAGACGAAAAACAGUUCGAGUUAGCGGGAAAUUCGAGUUAUCGGGGUAAAUUUCAGUGAAAUUUUGAUCAAGGGAAAGGAAAUUUAGUUUGAGUGAGCGGGAAUUCAAGUUAUCCGAGUUCGAGUUAUUGAGGUUCUAUCCUAGGAGUUGUUUAGUUUAAUGGGUAAUGAAAAGGAAAAGGUAAUAAAACGUAGCAAGGAAACACAUUAAAUUGAUAGUGCAUUGACGCAAACAACAGAGCAAAAGAAUUUCCCAUUGAUUUUUAAUAGCUGACAUUAGUUAACAAAUUAGGCGAUACUCGGUCAUUGAAGAGCAAUAAAUUUUGUUUGAUUUCCGGCCAAAACUGCUCCUGAAUGCUAUUUUAUUACAUCAUUGCUAGAAAUACAUGAAUCGCAGAAUCUUGCACCGCUCAGCAGAGGCUAGUGGACACUAAAGGAGGAAGAAAGAGAAAGAGGCCAAUUGAAUAGCCAAAAGAAAAUGUGUGAAAAAAAAAGCAGACAACAAAAUAGUAAUAACAACAACUAGCAGUAGCUGUUGGCUACGAGGUGGGGGUGAAACCGCUGUCAUAUACAGGUGAAUGCCCUUCAGUUAUAGUGUCAACAAAAGGAAUCAUUCCAGAACGUGAAAAAUGGACUGAAUAACACAGAAAACAAGAUUCAUAUUAAAUUUAAUGACUUUAUUCGCAGUUGCUUUGAUACAAUUAGCCUGUGAUUGGUAAGGAGCGAGGAGUAACGUCUGAAUUUGCCGGAAAGAUACAUUGAAACAAUAAUGCAUGACAUGAGUAUUAUGCAUGUAAACAGUCAUUCACAAAGUCUUAUUAUUGAAUGAAUAUUCAAUCUGUGUUCAAUGAGUAAAGGCCAUUGAUUUGCAAUACAAAAUAAUCAAACAGCUUGAAUUACCCCUGGAGUUUAAAGCUUAUUGAAGCUUUCAGACGACAAGUGACGUAGCAUGCUUGGAAAUGUACAAAAAUAUAAAAACCAUGCAGUGUAGUGAAACGUGAACAAACUUAAUUUACAUUGAUUUUUAGACUUUGCUAGCACUCGUGUCUUGCCGAAAAGUUGUCCUGCACUAAGCUGAGGCCAGGCCUGGGCUCUACUUUCAUUCCUGGGUAAAUAGAUUCCAGGCCAGCAAGCUUAAGUCUCUCAUUUAGUAUAGUACUUGUGUACUUGAGUUACGUGUGCUCGCGAAUCAAUUGUUGCAUCACUUGCAUGUGCAUUCACGCGAUUACCGUGAAAUCAACACGAGGGCCUUCAAGGCCACAUACCAUGGAUAUUAGUUGGUACAACAUAGGAACGUGGACAAAAUCAGAAAAAUCUCUCUAUACAGUUAUAAGAAUGCCGCUGACCAAGAAUAGGUGGCAGGCUCCUUUUGUCGCUUGCAAAUAUAAGAGAAAAGGAAAUACAAAAACAAGAUUUUCCCAUAAUUGAACCAAGCACAUCCUGUCUCCAGGGUCAUUCCUUUACCUCUAUGCUACAUGAAGACAUCUAUUUUAACAGUUAAAAAUAUUUUAUGUCUUUUCCAUGGAACUUUUGGUGGCAAGUACUGUAGAAAGCUGAUUGAACCGUAUUCAACACAAAUUCAAAGGUAUAUGUCAGGAAAAUAACAGGGCUUUUGAUGGUGAAAAACUGUAAGAAAAUAAUCUCAACAAACAACUUGUCUGCAAAGUAGGAUACAAAGUAGGGUGCAAAACAAAUGUUUUCUUACCUCAAUUUUUGUUUAUUGUCCAAGGUGCUUCUGCGGUCAAAAUUUAUUGCUUAAAGAAUUUUUUGAACUCUUUAAAUGGCCAUUAUAAAAAGAACUGGGCCAGGUUUGAGGUGGGUUUGUUUACUUGUUGCGUUAUUGCCACGAAACUGCAGAUAUGAAACCGAUAGAAAGGUAUUUGAAUUACCAAAGAUCACACUACUGUUAGCUCUCCUCUUGGGAGUCCUGUGGAGUGUGCCUUCCCACAAAUUUAUAAACUUGCUACGCGAGGAAUUAUUAUUAUUAUGGUUACUGUUAUUAUUACUAUCAUUUAUCAUCACUGUUGUUUUUAUCAUUAACAUAUCUAUAAAUUACACACAACCAAGAACUUGCCUUGAGCUUGCCUUUGAUUAUUUUGUAUGCUGAGAAAGUCAGUUUUUACUUGAGGCCCCAGGGAACUAGCCUGUUGAGUCACAGACGUUUUCUAACCCUGGUUAGUAACGUCUGUGAAGCAUCACCGAGACUGAGAUCCUUGUUCUGGACAAGCAUUUUGGUGGGAACUUGCAAACUGGUGUAGGCUACAGGGAAGGGGAUUGUCUGUUUUAUUUUAAAACAAUGACAGCAACAAAAGCUGGUAUGCUAUACAUUUUGUAUUGAUCGUGCUAUGACACCUAUGCAUGAAACAUGAUCUCAUUCGAAAUCAGGGGUAAACACAAAUUUAAUCCACACUAUUUCUCUGUCAAUUUUUUCUUGUUGAUCAUGGAGAGAGCUCUAAAAGCUGGUUUCAAAUGGCAAUGAAGUCAGAGUGGUAAGGGUACUUAGGAUAAAUUUCAUGAAAUAAUAGUAUUUUAGAAUCAUAUGUGUCCAGUUUCGGCUUCACUGACGAUUCUGUUACUCAUGAUCGAAUGAUCACCAGUUUGUUGGAGUUGGAGGUAGUACUGUUAGGAUUAAUGCCCAAUUAAUUCUUUUGCAUCUGCUUUUGUUCUGCUUUGGAUCUGCUUUCACUGAAUCUGCACUUCUGAUUAUGACUCCACUGCUAGUGAGUACCAGUCUUAAAUUUUGUGUGUGUGUGACAUUUGUAUGAAAUCCAUAAGAUAUGAAUCUGAACAAGAUAGGCGCUUAAGGGACAGAGCAGAGUGUCUGUCUCAAUCUGUAUCAGUGUAGGUAGAGAUUGUAUGACAUCUACUAUCAAUUGGAGCAUCAAGUGCUUGUAAUAGACAGACUGUAGUCCAUUAACAUCAGAGUACCAACUAUGUUUCAUUGUAAGGAAAUCUUCUCUUUUAUAUUCAACAGUUUGGCCAAUGAACAGAAUCCAGAAGUGCCCAUAUUUGUAUGCACUUUAGCAUUUCCAAAAGUCCAGUGUCCACUACAUAUUUUUGAGCCAAGGUAUCGACUGAUGCUGCGACGUUGCCUUGAGUCAGGUUCCAGACAGUUUGGUAUGUGUGUAGCAAGUGAAGAUCCUGAGAAAGGUUUUGCAGAUUAUGGCACCAUGCUUUGUGUACAGUCAGUGGAUUUUCUUCCCGAUGGCCGUUCUAUUGUGCAGUCGAUAGGAGGACGGCGAUUUCAUGUUAUUUCAAGGGGCAUGGCCGAUGGUUAUCACACUGCGACAGUGGAAUGGGUGCAAGAUGAACGCGUAGAUGAUGUUGAUGAACUUAAACAUCUUAUUGAACUAAACAGAGUGGGUUACCUAAAACUACAGGCCUGGUUUAGUCAGAUGAACGUAGGACAGCGUCAGUGUAUUGCCAAUGCUGUUGGGCAUUUUCCAGCUUUUGAUGAGAACCUUCAUUUGCUUAACGAUGGGCCUGAGUGGAUUUGGUGGGCGCUGGCAGCUCUACCCCUCAUGGACAAACCCAAACUGAUCAUUUUGAGUAUGACCUCCAUUUUGGAACGUCUCAAAAGCGUGAUCCGCUUUGUUCAACUUCUGCUGAAUUCACUUCCGAAGAAAUCCCCAAUUACUAGUUCAUCAGGUUCUUGAUUUAUCAAUUUCCCUACUAGGUAAAUUUUCAAAUUUAUUGUUUUCUGACCAUGGGAAAUCCAGGGGCAGCAAUAAAAGAAAAAUUAAUUCAUUGCCAUCUUACAUAGGAUCGAAUUUCAGCUAUCAUUUUAUUGUCAAAAUGAUGGUUAUUAAUUAAGUAAGGAUUUGAUUGGUUGCUGUUGAAUUUCAAUGUAAGGCUACGUGAGAAAGAUGUUAGCCCAGAAGACAAAUGUUUGUGUAGGAAAAAUGCAAAAAAUAUUGUUGGGUGGCUACAUAAAAAAUAAUUGCACAAUUAACAUUCACACUAUUCUGGUCAGAAUAUUUUGCUUUAUUUUUACAACUUGACAAGACAAGCCUUUUGUUCAUACAUGAGGUGCUGUUUUUGACAGAAUCUUUUCUAUUGUUUUGGUCUUUUACCAGAUAAAUUUCUGCCCUGGCUCAUUUGUUAUAAGUAUACUGGUAGCCUUCA